AUGCAGGGAGAGGCUGGCUCCUCAAGUUUCAGUCCCCUGGAGGAGGAAUCUUCGAUGUCCCAAUUGGGGCCUUCUCCGGCGGUGAGUGGGGCGGACGGCCGCUGCCCCGCUGUCCUGCCUAACAGAGCCCAGCCAGAGGCCGACACUCGAGUGGCAUCGGCCCUGUUCCCCCCCAGUCCUCACCCUGUGGCCCCGACCGCUGCAACGCAGACAAGGCCCAGCAACAACGCCACCCCAAUCUGCGGCCCAAGCACCUCACCUAAAAUGGUGGAUGCCACGUGCGCUGAAGGCAGAGGGGAGGAACGCUGUCUCCCCGUGCACAUAUCUAAAGGCAAGGCAUCCAGGCACAAACUGGCCCGAUACCACCAACAGCCACUUAGAAGCACUCACCCUGGCUCCCUGGCAGGCCGGGAGAAGAAGGAAGAGAUGCAGAAACGGCAGGCCAGUGCACGCACCACAAUAUUGGCUGACGACACUCAGAAGUCGAAAAUCUACCCUCCGGAUGAGACGGGAAACCGAUCUCACAUGCAAGAGACUGCACACCUAUCCUGCUAG